CAUAAAAUUCCCUCCUUCCCUCGUUCUCUGCUCUCUCUCUCUCUCCCUCUCUCUCCCUUAACCCCUCAAGCACUUUCCCCUCUAAUCCCAUUUCCUCUAUCUAAAACCCUUCUUACUCGCGCUAGAUCUUCUCUCCUUCUCCUUCGUUCUAUCCUCCGAUACCGUCCUCAGCAUUUCACGGGAAUCCGUCGAUGUCCAGCGGAGCUCGAGCGUCUUCUCGUCCCCAUCCGCCGCCGCAUCCGCCGUCUUCAUCUGCGGCUCCGGCAGCUGCAACGGUGGUCCCUCCGAUACGGCGCCACCUGGCGUUUGCCUCGACGAAGCCGCCUUUUGUCCCUCCCAAUGAUUAUCACCGUUUCUCUCCUUCUCCCGCUAGUAAUAAUAAUAACAUCUGCAGCAUGAAUACUCGCAGAGUCGUUGAUCGGGAAGCUGAUGCUGUAGUCUUCAGAUCUCCUCAAAUAAAAAGGAAGACUGCUACGAGUGAGAAUGAAGUUGAGGCUAGUGGGUGUGCCAGUCCUGGACUCACCAACAUAUCUAAUAGCCCGUUUAAGACACCUGUGGCUACAAAAGGAAGGGCAAAUAACAGGUCAAGGGCCUCAAAAAGUAACAGAUCUGCUCCUCAAACGCCUGUUUCAAAUGCUGGUUCCCCUGCUCCUCUUACUCCAGCUGGUAGCUGCCGUUAUGACAGUUCAUUAGGUCUUUUGACAAAGAAGUUCAUCAAUCUGGUUAAGCAUGCUGAAGAUGGCAUUCUUGACUUAAACAAAGCUGCGGAGACCUUAGAGGUGCAAAAGAGGCGGAUAUAUGACAUAACAAAUGUCUUGGAAGGGAUUGGUCUAAUUGAAAAGAAGCUCAAAAACAGAAUACGCUGGAAGGGACUUGAUGCUGCAAAGCCUGGGGAGGUGGAUGGUGAUGCCUGCAUUCUGCAGGUGUGUAAAACUAGAAUCCUAGGCGAACCUUUCCCUUUUCUCUUAAAUCUGAAUGUACAUAAUAACUCAUCCUUCCACAAUUUCAGGUGGCUUUUUGUGACUGAAGAAGACAUCAAGAGCCUACCUUGUCUCCAGAAUGAAACAUUGAUAGCAAUUAAGGCUCCACAUGGAACUACUCUAGAAGUUCCUGAUCCUGAUGAAGCUGUUGACUACCCACAGAGGAGGUACAGGAUAAUCCUUAGAAGCACAAUGGGUCCUAUUGAUGUUUACCUUGUCAGCCAAUUUGAGGAGAAAUUUGAAGAGAUGAAUGGUAUGGAGCCACGUGCAAGCUGCCAACUUGCCUCCAGUUCUGGGUCUAAUGAAAAUCAAGUUAUGGAGAUGCUUACUCUUGACAGCCCUGGAAAAGAACUUGAUGCUCAGGCAUCGCAAACUCAACCAAUGUGCUCUGAUAUCAAUGCUUCACAGGAGUUUGCUGGCGGAAUAAUGAAAAUUACUCCCUCAGAUGUCGAUAAUGAUGCAGAUUAUUGGCUUCUGUCAGAAGCUGAUGUUAGCAUUACCAACAUGUGGAAAACAGACUCUGGUAUGGAAUGGGCAGGGGUGAAUGUGCUUUCUGACUUUGGAUUAGCUGAUGUUAGUAGCCCAAGACCACAAACUCCUCCAAAUGCGACUGUUGAAGUGCCUUCAGCUACUCUAAACUCUAGUGCAAGAUGAUCUCAAUUUUGGCCCAGAAUUAAAUCAACCAGCUUGUGUAUCCCUUCAGCAACUUAAUUGUGUUCAUCAGCUACUGGUCAAAGAUGCCCUGUGAAAUUGUUUGAUUGAUGUACCAUGGGAAAGCAUUUAGAUGAAGCUCAUGGCCGGGUAAGUUGACAAUUAUUGCUUUGUGCUCAGUUUUGGGUAAUUUUUUGACCCAUGGCUGAGUUACCAACUGAAUUUUAUUAGAAUCAUCUAUGAUAUUGUCAAUCUUCUGAAGGGAAUGAGUAUAGGUUCUAACCAGAAAACAGAUAAAAAUAGAAUGGCAUAAAAAAAUAUUAUUAUAAGCAGAUCCUUUGCUUAUUAAAACGCCCAGUGGUUCCUGUUUGAAGGGCAAAAGAAAUCACAAAUCAAUUUGUUAGCAUACAUGUUGCAGAAUUCAACACCUCAAGAUAGCAAGAUCUCCCUGGCCUGGGUUGGCCUGAUUGUGUGAUAUUGCCUUUACUGAUUACAUUUUUGCAUUCAUCCAAUGUACCAUGAAGCUGACAGGAGAACUGGGUGCUAAUUUUGUGCUUGUGGAGCUAACAUUGCUUGCAUAAGCUUAAUAAUAGCUAUCCCCAAAA